AUGGGAAAGAUAAUCUUCUUUGAAGAAAAGGACUUCUGUGGACAUCAUCAUGAGUGCAGUGGAGACUGUCCUGAUCUGAUGUGCUUUUUUAACCAAUGCAAAUCCAUUAGGGUAACAAGUGGGUGUUUCAUGAUCUAUGAAAGGCCCAACUACACUGGGAAUCAGUACUGCCUAAGGAGUGGAGAUUACCCUGACAUUCACAGCUUGGGGCCCUCUGAAUCUGUCAGUUCUUGUCGCUUCAUCCCAACUGAGCAAGGGUCUUUUAACAUGCGUCUAUAUGAGCGCAUUGAAUUUGGAGGUCAAAUAAUGAACUUGGAGGAUGACUGUCCAAGUGUUAUGGACCGCUUCCAUAUCAAGGACAUUUUUUCCUGUAAUGUGACUGAUGGCAACUGGCUCUUCUACGAGGACCCAAACUACAGUGGAAGGAUGUACCUGAUCCAGCCAGGAGAGUACAAGCGGUUCAGUGAGUGGGGUAGUCGCACUGCAAGGGUGGGCUCCAUCAAGCGCAUUACAAAUGAUUAA